GCGUCACACGCCAUUUCAAGAGCGUUGUGCUUCUAUUUGAUUAUAUUUCUUGUUUAAAUGCUCGUCAAAUAACCACUAUAGCGAGGAGAAGUUUAUCUAGUAGUUGUCAUUGUCGUAAAUUCGUAGUUAGCUCUAGAAGGCAUGUAUUUUCUAGUGUAGUUGACCGGUGUUUUGUAAACUCGUCCAGUAGUUGCAUAAGCUUCAACACGACUUAUAAAUCAUUAUCACUGAGGAAUUAAACACCCAAGUGACGCCAUUACAAGAAGUCUCACAUUACUAUUUUGAUGGCCAAGGAAAAUACAUUAGACCAAUGAUAGUACUUCUAAUGGCUGCAGCUUGUAAUAUACAGACCAAUAGCUCUAGAAUGACUCUUCCAUCUCAAGAAACUGUAGCAAUGAUAAGUGAAAUGAUCCAUACAGCAAGUCUGAUCCAUGAUGAUGUCAUUGAUGGUGCUAAAACAAGACGAGGCAAAAUCGCAGUGAAUAUAGCAUUUGGCGACAAGGACUGUGUCCUGGCUGGAGACUACAUCCUGUCGUCGGCUUCACAAGCCUUGGCUAAACUAGGAAAUGUAGAAGUAGUGAAACUUUUGGCAGAGGUUGUUGAGGAUCUAGUUAGAGGUGAAUUCAUGCAACUUGGAUCUAAAGAAGACCCAGAUGAACGUUUUUCACAUUAUUUAAAGAAAACCUAUAAGAAGACAGCCAGCUUGAUUGCAUGCUGCUGUAAAGCGGUGGCAGCGUUUGCAGAUUGUUCAUCAGAUGUACAGGAAACUGCUUAUCAAUAUGGCAAAAAUAUCGGCAUGGCUUUUCAGUUGGUUGACGAUGUUUUAGACUUUGUAGCCAGUGAGAAUGAGAUGGGAAAACCAACAGCUGCAGAUCUUAAGCUUGGACUUGCUACGGCACCAGUGCUAUUUGCUUGUGAAAAGUUUCCAGAAUUAAAUGCCAUGAUCAUGCGUCGCUUUAAGGAACCAGGAGAUGUAGAAUUUACAAGACAAGCAGUUUAUGAUAGUGAUAGUGUAUCAAGAACAUAUACCCUUGCAAAUCAAUACUCCAAAGAAGCGAUACGACAGAUUAACAAACUAGAAUCCUCACCAGAACAACAGCUGUUAAUAAACAUCACCAAGAAAGUGAUCAGCCGGCGUAAAUGAUCAAAAAUACCAGAUUGUACAGAAGCUUAUAAAUAAUUAUAAAUAAUUAUUAUUAUAAUUUAUAUAUGUAAUUUUAAAAAAGUUUUUAAUGACUUUGUAUUUCUUAGUUUUUUUAAAUUCAUGAUGUUAAUGAUGUUUGGAGUUGAAAUUUUUUGGAGAAAGUUCUCUGAUAAAAUUAUGUAAUUUAAGCCACAAAUAAAUAAAAAAUGGGAAUCAGG